UGUAACUCUACUGAACAUUUACAUUACUCUACUAGUCAGCUGUUAACAAUGGAGGACAACGAACUUACGAGCAAGGCGAUUGCCGAGCUCAUGCGUGAAAUGAAUGGACAAGACUACAGUACAUCAGAAAAACCACAGGAACGUAAAAUAAAUCCACUCGGAAAACCCAACAAAAGAUUCCUUGGUCGUACCUUAAACAACGUAAUACGUCACAAUCAGCGAGAAACUGAACGCACGCAAAUGAACUGUCUACAAAAGCUACAGGAUUUGGACGAUAGAUACGAGCGUCGUCGCUCAAAUAAUUUUUAUUUCAGAAGGGAAUUUUGCGAGAGACAAGAAGACACUGGUUCGAGUAGAAGCCGCUCAAGGAAAAGAUCGCACAGGAAAAGACAUCGUAAAAAUAAGAGCUCAUCUAGGUCGCGUAGUCGUAGUCCAAGACACAAGAGUAAGCGUAAGAGAAAACGCGAAAAGAAACGCGAAAGAAAACGUGACAGAAAGCAUAAGCGCCGAGGCCGCAGCAACAGCAGCAGUAAUGAGGACCAGCCCACGAGAUUAGACACUGAGUGCUACACAAAUAACUUGGCUCUUUCAGUUGCCAUAGCCUACCAUAAAGCGACAUGCAAGGAGCCACCGCCACCUCCCUCCAUAACAAAUGAUAUUAUACAAGAGCUUAUGUCCGACAGUGAAACAUUAGAAAAAGAAACUCCAGUAGAUACGUACUCAAUAGCAUCAUCACACGAAGAAGCACCGCAGAUACUUACAAUUGAUGUCGAUAGCUCAAUUGACAGCGCUUCUGAUACAGAAAGCAGCGCUGGUAGCUGCAUAGAGCUAAGUGAUAGCACGGAUGAGGACCAGGAAUUGACAGCCAACAAUAACAGUGAUAUAGAAUUAGUAACCACCGUGGAUUUGACUGAAGAGUAUUAAGUCUUUAUAAAAUACAUAAGCUAUAUAAACAUAAGAAACUGUUACACCACAUUAAGCAUAAAUAGAAAAAUAUUGCAGUAUAUAAGGCACAAAGAGCAUAUAGAUUUACA